AUGGAAGAAAAUCUUAUUUGCAAAUACCUUCCUGGAACCUGUUACUCAUGUUCAAGUGCUUAUAAUAGUAAAUUUCAACAUUUAAGACAUGAAGAUAAAAUAACUUCUCAACAAGAUAAUGAAUUGAGUGCAUCAGGUAUCUCGUCAAAUGAAAAGGAAACUGAUAAUAAUGAUACUGAUGGUAUUGAGGAAGA